AUGAAGGAAGGGCAUGAGCGAGGCGGGCCCGGGCCGGGGCCGGAGGAGCCCCCCCGGGCGGUAUGCAUCCCGGGCCCCGGGGAAAAGAUCGUGCAGGACUUCCAGAUGCUGGUGCAGAAGGUGGGGGGCAGGCCCGAGGUCCUCCUGGUUGGGGAGACCUUGGAGGGGAAGGACAUCCAUGGCAUGAUGGCCUCCUUCGUCAAGGACCUGUUCUCCGCCACCUGCCACCCGGUCCAGCCUGGGGAGGCCCUCAAGGCGCCCUGCAGCGCCGCAUGUUCGGUGGGGGGCAGGCCAUGCCAGCUGAUCUUCUUCCUGUGCCGCGCCUCGAGUGUGAAGGGCAAGCAGCGGGAGCUGUGCCAAGUGCUGAAGGAGGUGAAGCAGCUCGUCCAGAAGGCCCCCUGCGCGCUGGUGGGCAUCAUCAUGGAGCCCACGAAAGGGGAGGCCGAGGCUGCCCGGGCCCAGCUGCUCCGUCUGCUCCGGAAUGUCUUCCCCAAGGCACCCAAGCAGAGCGAGCUGGCUGCCGGGAGCGGGCACCAGGGCAAGGAGGGGCCGGUGGAGCUGGAAGAAGUGCAGGUGGAAGCGGAGGUCUACAUCCCGGGCCACCCGCGGGGAAACCUGGCCAUCAUGAAAGCAGCUUGUCGUGCCUCGGGCGCCCUGACCAGCAGAGGUUUGCCAGAUGAGGCCUCUAAGGGCUCCCUAACCGUUGCAGGUCCUUCCCGGGCCCUGGCUCUCCUCAAGGGCCUUGCAGGAAUGGCGUGCGUCGCUGGACUGGCUUCCGUGGCGGGGUGGUACAUGUACGAGCGAGGCCUGAUCUCCCCAGACGUGAUCCCGGUGGGCCUGCUCUCCUUUGUCUGA